AUGCAGUCAUCGUCCGUUACAGGAGCCCAACGGCCGUCGCAGUCUCAGCGCCGACAACAAGAUUUGCCCGACGCGAUGUAUGCUCAGGGCCAACCCUCGGCCGUGAAUCCUACAACGAGCUCUGCCUCUCAAACGCGGUCAUCAUCUGGCUCAGGCCGCUCGCAAAGAAGUGCUAACCCCGACAAGCAAAUAUCGCAAAUAGAGAAGAGCGUGACCCAUCUACUCGUCGCCACGAAACAAUUACUCGAGACUCUGACGCAAUGGUCGCGCGGACAGGCGCAGGAAGAGGAGGUCUCCGAUGUCUAUGUUCGCCUGGGUUAUGAAUUCAAUCUGGCAUGCCGUGCCUUCAAUUCAAUAGGUGUCGAGACCUCCGACUUAGGCCCUGUCCCUGAUCUCUUGCGAAAUAUCCUCGAGGACACUCUCAGCCAGCCCGCCUCUCCUCAGGCUCUUGACAACUACCUGCCUCGCAUCCGGGACAUAAUUAUAAACCUCCUACAUGGCCUCAAGAGGAAGCAGAGCCGGCUACGUGGUCGAACUCCCAAGGAAGCCUCGGCAACAACGCAAUCGAGACAGCCUUCGACUCCGGCAAGACAGCCUAGUAUAUCGACAACAGGAAGUAACGAGACUGGUUUGACGAACAUGCUUGACGAUGUACCCAGCGCUCCGACAAGUACACGUGCUCAAUCGCCCACCCAAGGUGGCGCGACGACUGACCAGCCAUGGAUUGCUGCAAACACUUCGGCUGUGCAACAGACCGGCCGGUCAUCCAUAAACAGACAUUCGAUGCGAAGGGACGUUCCCUUGCAAAUGCCUCAAUCUGAUUCGGGCUCGACAAUGUCUUCGGGUACUCCGCAAAACCCUCCUAGUCUACCACCUUACCAGGAUGUUGACCGCUCUCCUUCGGUCCCUCAGAUCAAUUUCCCGCAUCCUCCCCCGCCGCCACCGAAGCAAGCAGAUGCCCUGACAAGAUUACAGCGUGGUGGAGAUCUAGAGAGGCGGGCCUCGAGGAGAUUUUCGGCCUACCAAAUUCAAAAACAUCUGGGUGCUUCUCCUAAUGGUGUGCCGGUCAUUCCUGCCGCCCAAAAUUCCCCCAUUCCCAACAGGGGGAAAGAAGUGCGCGAAUCCAUGACUGCUGUCCGGUCAAGAAGCUCCUACCAACAAUCAAGAUCGAAGUCUCUUCGUCAAGGAGAUGUGUCGCCCAGCAGGAGUGGGACUGUCAAGGCGCCCCAGCGCAUUUCGGAGGAGAGGGAGACACCGGUCCUUACUCUGCAGGAAGUGCCACCGAUUAAACAGCCUGACGAAUCUCUCAAUUUUGAUAGCCCGACGGUGAAGACCCCAGAUGAGUAUCUACCGGUACCGAAAUCCGAUUCUGGUAGUGGAGAUAAUUUGCUGAUGGGAGCAACUAUCAACGGCCCUCUCAGUCCGCCACCCGAAGAGUUGCAAGCAACAAUAUCGCUCGACUCACAAGUGGCGCCACCACUCCCCGAUCACAAGGCAUGCGUGGAUACGGAACUAGUCAAGACGCCAGAGACAGUUCAACGAAGACUAUCCGAGAACUAUACGCCACCACGAUCGCGGGUCACCCCAUCAGAAGCUUCUCCACCACAAGGCAAGGAGCUGACCCUCUUCUUACAGUAUAGAAGCAAAAUUAAGAAAUUUGUGCUUGCCGACGGUUACGACGAACUCACUCUUGCUAGAUUGCAGCUCGCUUUUAUUGAAAAGUUUGCCUGGAACACUCAGCAUAACGGGAUAGAUCUCCCUGAGAUUUAUGUGCAAGAUCCUGUCUCGGGGGUCAGGCAUGAAUUGGAAGACCUUUCGGAUGUCAAGGACCGAUGUGUACUCGUGCUGAAUGUUGAAGCUCUAGACGAGGUCAAAAAGCACAUUGACGAGGGCAUGGGCGGCCUUCAGAGAACUCUAGAUGGAGUCCGGUCAUUGCUUGAAGGCCAGAGUACAAUGAUGCAGCGAUUUGCAGAUCGACAGCUCGAAACCUCCAAGGAGAUGGCAAGAAUGUCUGCUAUUCCUGCGCAACAUCCUUCACGAACUCCGACAAUGGCUCCUGGAAAAUUCACGGCUCCUCCGUCUUCCGAAUCCAGUCUGCAAGAGAUCCAGGAUCUUCGUCGAGAGAUUGCAGUGUUACGCCAAACGUAUUCCACAAUGUCAUCCGACUUCACUGCAGCCAUGAGCGACAUCAAAGCUAAGGCUGCCAACGUCAAGGCUGUUGCUGCAGAGGCCGCCAAUGCCACCUACAAAGGAGACGCCGGGCGCGCCCAUAUCAACGAGGGCAAAAAACAAUUGUCUGACGACUCGGAGGCGCUUGUCAACCGUGUCGACGACCUUUCCGAUAUUGUCGAAGAACUGCGCAAGGAUGUCGUGACAAGAGGUGUCAGGCCGCUCCCUCGGCAACUCGAGGAUAUCAGCAAGGAGAUCAGUGCAGCUGCCAAACAACUCAGCAAGGUCAAGGACUUUGUCAGGCGCGAGAAGCCGAUCUGGACCAAGAUAUGGGAACAAGAACUCCAAGUUGUCAUGACGGAAAGAGACGAUUUGACGCAGCAAGAUGAGUUGAUGAAUGAUCUUGAUGGUGAUCUCGAAGAUAUCACCAAUGUCUUCAAGCUUGUCGAGGAAGCUACAAAGCAGCAGAAUCUGCAGAGCACCAAUAACGGCCGCCAAGCUUCAAAAAGCAUUGCUUUCGACACGGAUGUCGACCCCCACGAAGCCAAAAGUGGCAUGCUAGAUGAAGUUCGAGCUCUACAGCCGAACCACGAAAGCCGCCUUGAAGCGAUAGAGAGGGCAGAAAAGGUUCGGCAGCGCGAAUUGGAAAGUCGAAAGGUUGGCGAAUUCCAACGUGAGGUUGAAAAGUUUGUGGAAGAAGGAAAAUUGAAGAAGACGGGCGGCAUGGAUGAAGUGGAGCGUAGGAGGAAAUUGAAAGAUGAGCAGGCGAGGAGGGAGAAUUGGGAGCGUCAACAAGCCAGAGCGGCUGAAUUGGAGAGGAAACGGGCGGCUGAUGCGGCGGCGGCAGCAGCAGCAGCAGCAGCAGAAUCAACUGAGCCGAACGGUGCUACGCAGCAAAAUCCGGAACAGGACGAUUUGCAAGAUGAAAUAGCUGUCGAGGACGCAAAAGAGGAGGCUAUCCAUUCAUCGAAUGAAGCCACGCCGUCAGAGCCAGGCCCUGCGCCAACGAUGGAUGAUGCUGUUGCUUCGUCUUCUGCAGAGGCACCGAAGCUGCCCGAGAUUGGAGUUGACAAAGAAGGCGAAGGGGAAGGCGACAAGGGACUUGAUUCCUCCUCUCCUACUGCCGACGUUGAAGCCGACAAGGACGUGAGUGACGACCACGAGCACGGGAAAGACAGACAGCAGGAGGACAAGUCGAGCGGGAAUUGGUGGCAGCCCGCCGUGUUUUCCAGCUGA